AUACUACACAACACACACACAGCCGCCACCCUCCCUCACCUUCUUGCUUUCUUUCCCUUUUUUUUUUUAAAAAAAUUUUUCUCUAUUAUGUUCUUCAUAUUUCUCUCUUCUUCUCAAUUUAAUGCUAGUUUGAUUUUUCAUUCAACACAAAACAUAACAUAAAAAAAACAAAGAAAAUAUUCUAGAUUGUAAAACAAUGUUCUUCCUCUUUUAUUCAAAAAGUUUCUUUCAUCAAUUUCCUUCCUUUCUUGGCCCCAAGGAUGAAUACUAACAACAAAUCAUCAAUACACAUCAUGGAAGGUGGAAGGAUACUGCUUCAAAAAGAAUGGAUUCACAAAGAAGAGAAAAAUGGGUUUCAUUUUGUUUCACAAAAGUGAAAAGAAAAAAAAAAAAAACUGAAAAAAAACUGAAGAAAAGAAAUUGAAUUUUCCGUUCUUUUUAUUUUUUCCCAGCUGGAUUCCGACCCGGCCGGUUUUUCAAAACCGUCCCCGGUUCAACGGUUUCGACGGUUCAGGGCGGUUCAAUCCGGUUCAGAGCGGUUUUUAUCCGGUUUUACUGACUUCCGGUUCUUGGCCUCCAUCCGGACCGCUGAUGUUCCCGGUUCACGGUUGAACCAGUCGAACCGGCCGGUCCAGUCCGGUUCUUAAAACAUUGAUAUUUCCAUGGAAAUAAAGCCAACAUUUUGUUAUCAACGAUGAUGUAUAUAGGGAUAGCGACUAAAAUACACAAUGUGGCGAAUCCAAGUUUGGACUUAGCUAGGAGAUGGGAUACCCAUAUUUUAACUUCAUUUUACAACAAAGAUUGACCCUUUAAUAUCCUCAAGUUAAAAUAAAUUUGACAACAAUGUAUCUACUCUUUUACCUUAGUAUGAAAUUUAGUAAGAUUAAAGAGUGUCCCGAAUACUCAUUAUUAAGAUCAUUUUCUCUUAUACAUAGAAUCGAAUGAAGUAUUGCAUCGAUCCAAACAUAAUUAAAAAAAUGAAUAAUAAUAACAACGGAAAGAAAGUAAAAAAAAAAAACGUGUUGGUUGUUCUUAAUUCUUCAAAAUCCAAUUCCAUAAUCAAUAAUCUACUCAUUUUUCUCCUCUUUAUUAAAAUUACUCAUUUACCCUUCGUCCCUACCCUUCAGCCUCCAGUGUCAAACAACAAGAAACGACCAGAUCCAUUUUCUGACUCUUGUUUUUAUUUAACUCAAACACCCACUUCUCUUUUUUUUCUCUCUUUCCGAUUCAGCUCUAUUAACCCCUUCCCCACAAAACCCCCAAUUUUCACAAACCCUAAUCUCUCCAAGAUCUUCUUCCUUCCCAUCCAAUCCAAUUUCCCAACAAUCUCAAUUACCGUUGACCACACUCGAGGUUUAUCCAAUACCCAUUUAAAAAAGUUCCGUUUUUCAUUUCUGGGUCGUUUUUUUUUUUUUGCACCCUAGGAAUGUUGGGUACUGGUAUGAACUUUUCACGCGGUCGUGGUGAAGAUCGGUUUUAUAAUCCGCCGCAAGCUCGUCGGUUGGCGGAGAAUGAUAGGAUUCGUAGAGCUCACAGCGAUGUUACGCCGAGUCGGUCGUCUCCUGCGGUGGUAAGAGAUAAAUCGGUGGAUUCGGUUGAAAAGAAACGUGAGAACCGGGUUGGGUCUGAAGAGACCAAGAAAGUAGUUGCAGUGCCUUCAUGUGAACCGGAGGUGAAGCGGUCGAGUAACUUGGAACGGUUCUUGGAAUCAAUUACACCUUCUGUUCCUGCUCAGCAUCUCUCCAAGAGGACUGCGAGAAGCUUUAGGAAGUGCAAUGAGGAAGUUCCGCCUUACUUUGUUCUUGGUGAUUUGUGGGAAUCAUUCAGGGAAUGGAGUGCUUACGGUGCGGGAGUACCACUUGUACUAAACGACAAAGAUAGUGUUGUUCAAUACUAUGUCCCAUAUCUUUCUGGAAUUCAAAUUUAUGUCCAGUCUGCCCAGCCAUCUGUAAAGUCAAGGCAACUAGGUGAGGACAGUGACAGUGAUUUCAGGGACUCAAGUAGUGAUGGUAGCAGUGAUUGUGAACCUGUUAGAGGAUAUAGGGAACAAAGGAAUCUUCCCCAUCUCUCGGAUGAGGUAUCUCAUUGGAUGGGUAGAUUAUCUGUGAGAAAUCAGCAUGCUCUCCCGCAAGAUGGCUUUUCUAGUGAUGAUGGUGAAUCUGUCAAUUCUCAGGGCUACUUGCUAUUCGAGUAUCUUGAACGGGACCCUCCUUACGGCCGUGAGCCUUUGGCUGAUAAGAUUAUGGACCUUGCUUUUCGUUUCCCUCAACUUCUGACACUUAGAAGUUGUGAUAUACUAUCAUCAAGUUGGAUAUCUGUAGCAUGGUAUCCAAUUUACAGAAUCCCAAUGGGUCCAACAUUAAAAGAUCUUGAUGCGUGCUUUCUGACAUACCAUUCUCUUUAUACACCUGUGGGAGGUUCACAAAGAAUGCAGGCUCCUGUACCAUCAUAUCCAACUGAGGUGGACGGUGUCUCAAAAUUGUCUUUACCUGUUUUUGGUCUUGCUUCAUACAAAUUCAAGGGACCUCUGUGGACUCCAACUGGUGGAUACGAGCGCCAGUUAUCCAACUCUCUUUUACAGAAUGCUGAUAAGUGGUUAAGACUGCUUCAGGUCAGUCACCCAGAUUUCCUGUUUUUCAGCCGUUGAUUGCGUUAACGCGCCUGUAACCGUUUCCCUCAGCCAUUUAAGAACCGGUCCUCCUACUUGCCAAUACCUUAGAUGUUGUACUUUAUGAAAAUUGGAAUUAAUCACCUUUUUGACAUAAUUGAAAAAGAAAAGGCGUAAAAGAUGUUAAGAAUCUCCUUUGUAAUUUCCUGCUGUAAUAAGAGAAAGAAUCAGGAGAGUAUAAUGAUAAUAAAGCAGCAAAGCUCUAGACAAGCAGCAGUUUUUAUGGGUAUGUGUUGAUGGUGGAUGUACAGAUUUAACAAAAGCUUCACAAAUGGUGGCUGAUGUUUGUUGUGAGGUUGUUUUGUUUGCUAACAUUGACGACAAGUCCUACACCGGUUGUUUCUUCUUUUCGAAAUAUAUAUUUAUGUUGUGGUAUUAUGGUUUUGUAAAACAGAACAGGCUGCUUUUUUAAUGUCCUGGCAUCCUGCUGUUCACCAUGUAGAAGCUUUAAUUUAUUGGGGGAAUUUUACUCUAAUGCAUAUGGCGCUACUGUUAGGUGUACGUAACUUAUGCUUGAAUUGCCCCAAUUCUGUAUUUUAAUUACUAUAGACUAUAGUUAUGUUUGUUAGCUUCAUUACUGGUAGAACUCUUUUGUUGAGUUUUGAUAUCAAUGAAACAGUUUGUAGGGUGAAA